AUGGCUUUAGAAAACACGGAAACCAAGACCAGGAUGGAAAGAUUUGAGUCCGCCAUGGAAAAAGUAUAUGGCAACUAUAGAGAAGUUUCAGAUCCGUCUACCUGGACCCCUCCUCCAGCCCCAGGAGGCCAUCGUGGCCGGUAUCUAUGGACAGAUGCAUUUGGAGUUGUAAACUUCCUGACAUUGUACAAGAUGCACUCCGAGCUAAACGCUGAAAACGGAUACCCAGAGAGAUAUCUCACAUUCGCAGAACGACUUGUGGAGACCGUCCAUGAUGUGCUAGGAAGAACUCGAGAUGGAACUUCCCGUCUACCAGGUGCCACUGAUUCGGAGCCCUUGGCUGGAGGGCUAAGGAUUGGAAAAGUCCAUGAGGCCGGUUCGGAUGGCGAUGGACAAUACCACCACUAUCUAACUCAAUGGAUGUUUGCCCUUAACCGGCUGUCAAUGGCAACGGGAAAUCCGACCUACAACAGACAGGCAUGUUCACUGGGCAAAGCUAUUCAUCCACACUUCCUCGUAGGAAUCGGCACACACAAUCCUCGUAUGGUAUGGAAGGUAGCGAUGGACCUUUCACAUACCCUUGUUUCUAGCGAAGGAAACCUAGAUCCGUUGGAUGGGUUUGUCACAUUCUCCUUGGUCCAGGCAUCGGCCAAGAAAUUUGGGGAUGGUGAAAUAGUCGAGGAAGAAAUAUCCAACUACAAGAAGGUGUCUGACCGUAGGGGGCAGCAUCACCCUUCACCAGAUUUCCUUGAUUUGGGAAUGACUCUUGUCUCAGUCCAGUGGUUUUAUGAUGAAGACUGGGCUGUCACCUUAGCAUCUCGGUGUUGCAACAUUUUGAAAUCUUUAUUUGAUGAAGGGUCAUACCUGAAGUUUGGCUCUAGGCGCCUCGCGUUCAGGGAAUUUGGAGCGUGUCUCGGGAUUGAAUGUUUUAGGGCUACAGUAAAUCCAGAUGGGGAGUUAUAUGACUACUUCAAGGAAAUAUUAGAUGCGAUGAUUGAAGAAUACGAUGAUGGCGGCACACAGACUCCGGAUGAUCUGAAACCUAUCACCAGAGUCAUGUUCGCUUCUGCACUAAUUCCAGGGGCAUUUAAAGCUGGUUUCUUUGGCCCAGAGCCUAUCAAGAUAGGAGCCUAG